AUUGUCUCGGCCGCGUGAAAACGCGUCGGGCCACGCGGAUGUGAUCGCCGACCCAAAGCGUCCGAAUCUUUAGCGCCGUCGACUUAAAACAGUCGCGUCGCUUACGACCCACCGUUAUUCUUCGGCCGUACGGAUUUCGCGUGACUGCGUAAAAAACCGGACGCGUAUAUUACCAGCGUGCCUAUAUCGCACAAUAUCUCGUCGCGAUCGUCGUCCCAUUGCUAUAAUAUCAUACACAGAGACGACCGCGCAAUAAUAUCGUAUAGUCACAUAUAUUUAUAACGACUGCAGUAGAAAUAUCGAUUAUCAUUAUCAUUAUUAUUGUUGUUGUUGUUGUCGUUACAAACGCGCCCGGACUCUAUCUCGCAAAACCUUCCGUCGUCGCACGCGAAAAAACAAUAACGCGAUUAUAACAUUAUAUAGCAGGUAUUGUACACACGGCUAAGAUGAACGAUAAGUACGUCGUAUUCGGUUGGUUCGUUGUCUGCACGAUGGAAUUCUUCAUCUCGCCGAAAAUUUUCGUUCACUCCGCCGACGGACCGGGUGAAUACACAGAUCUAUGUUUUCGGGACGACCCAAAAAUAGACGUUUGCAUCCGCAAAAGAAUUAACGACGUGGUCGAGCAAUUCCAUAAAGGUAAUGAUGAAUUUGGUUUGCGUGAAUUUGAUCCAUUGCCCUUGGAAAAUCCGUUAAAUUUCGAACAUAAAGCUCGUCUGAUUGGUGGAAAAAUUUCAGUAAAGAACAUGAUGACUGAAGGUUUGACAACAGUCAAGUUGUUAUCGCUCAGAUCAAAACUUCAAAACCCAAAUAAAAUGGAAGUGGGAUUCUCCGCAAACUUCAAAAACUUAUUAAGCUCCGGUCAAUAUCAGUUCAAAGGAUAUUUGGGACGUAUGCCGAUAAACGCCAACGGCCGAUACAACAUAACAUUCAAGAACGUCGAGACGAGCUACGUGUUGAAGGCUAAGCUGAAAGAAAUGGAAAACAGCACGUUCGUACAGCUUGAAAGUUUUCGCUCGAAUCCACCGAAAUUCGGUGAAACUAAAAUCUUCGCCAGUGAUUUGGUGCCAGGAAACGCGGUGUUGAACCGAGUGGCGUUGAGGUUUGUAAACCAGUAUGCAAUACAAAUAACUGACGAACUUUAUCCGGCCGUUGGACCAGUACUCGACAACAUUCAAAUGGACAUGUGCAACAAGAUGUUGUCGAUGUUUCCCUUCGACGUUUUGCUUCCACCAACCAGAACGCAUUGAUGAUAUGAAAAGGGCUGUGAAUUUAUAGAAAAAUACAUUUUUUUUUACCUUAGAGUAAAACUUAGUUUUCUCAACACAAAAUUUGAGUUAUAUAUAAUUUUGUAGCACAUUUUUGAUAUUUUAGGUCAGUUUUUUGACCUCGUGAAUUUUUUCUUUUGUAUUGUGGUAUUUUUAAUGAUUUUCAUCAAUUUUGUUCUUUAUUUAUUUAUUUAUUGUUUUUUUUUGUAUCACAUUAACAAUUGUUUAAACUUUUAAAGUUAGUAUAAUAAAACUUUUUUUUACAAUUGAUAAGUCCCUAAAUAAAUUAAACAAUUUUUUUCGUAUAUAGAUAUAAAAAUAGUAUUUUUCUUUAGUAAACUUUGAUCAUUUUCCAUGUGUUCAAAACGUUAAUUUUUUUAAACAUCUUUAAACACGCUUAAAUGAAUAUUUUAGUGUAGUCAUAUGGAUUUUAAAUGAAUUUUAGACAUGACUUUUUAGUUUUUUUUUUUUUUUGAGAUUAUAUAGUUUAUUUAUAAAAAAUUGCACAACCCUAAUACUUAAAUACUAUGGAUACGAUAUAGGAAUCAGAUUGUUGACACAAAAGUUACUGAUUAAAAAUUAUAAUUGCCAUGGAUACGCUAAAAACAAAACCACUUUAAUGAAUUAUAGGAAAAUCACAUAAAUAAUUAUUUAAUAAAUAUUUAACUAUUAAUAGCA